AUGGCGCUGAUCAGCUGGAAGACUGCCCGGAUCACCGCCUCGGGCUUGCAGCGGUUGGAGCCGGGCCAGUGGCUGGAUGAUGAGGUCAUGGGCUUCUGGAUCGAAUACUUGGCGACAGCCCCGCCGCCACAGGGCCUGGGGCGACCGGAGGUGCAUAUCAUGGACCCAGCCGCGGCCAACUGGAUCUUGUCGGAGGAGGACGCCGAGGAUCUCGCGGACGGGCUCGCCCCACUGGAGCUGGGCUCCAAAGAGCUGGUCCUGGUGCCGGUGGCCGACCGCCAGGACAGAGGCAAGGACGGCGUCUACGGAUCUCAUUGGGCGCUUCUCGCCCUACAACGCAAUGGUGAGGAGAUUCGAAGCUGCUACUAUGACUCCAUGGGUGGCGGCGGAAACCUGCGGCAAGCCGAGCGCAUCGCUGCGAAGCUCCGCCCGGCCAUGGCUUCGCAUCCGGGCGAGGCCCCGGCGCCAGCGCCGGCGCAGGAGAACGCCUGCGACUGUGGGGUGUUCACCUUGCUCUUCGCGGAGGCCUUGGCGCGGCACGGCGACCCGGCGAAGGUCACCCAGCGGGAGGCGUCUGAGGCGCGGAUGCGCAUGAAGAAGCAGAUCCUAGCGCUCAAGGCUGGUUCGCCGUAG